AUGAUGAACAGCGGUGGAAUCGGGGUGCCGCUGGGUUUCCCCUUAGGCCCCACAUCUGUCAUCCAGGUCACGAACCUGUCUUCGGCGGUAACCAGCGAGCAGAUGCGGACUCUCUUCGGCUUCCUGGGAGAUAUUGAGGAGCUGCGUCUCUAUCCCCCAGAGCCACCUCAUCAGAAGGAGGAGGUGAUGGAGACGCUAACAAGGAGAGGUGUGCUGCUGGACCUUGUAUUAACUAAUGAGGAAGGACUAGUUGGAGUAGUUAGACUAGUUAGACUGGUGGAGUCACUCCCUGCCAUGCCUGAGAGAAAGAUACCAGGGCGACACACCCCAAAUAGUGAUGGACCCUCUGCCCUGUUGCUGUUGGGCAAUGGGAGGGGACCUACGAGAUGGAGAGGAAUGGAAACAGGUCCCUGUUUGGCAUUGCAGACUACAACAGCAGAUCAACUGCUUGAAUUCUUUAAACAAGUUGGAGAAGUCAAAUUUGUGCGAAUGGCAGGUGAUGAGACACAACCAACACGGUUUGCUUUUGUGGAAUUUGCAGACCAAAAUUCUGUACCACGAGCUCUUGCCUUUAAUGGAGUUAUGUUUGGAGACAGGCCACUGAAAAUAAAUCACUCCAACAAUGCAAUAGUGAAGCCUCCUGAAAUGACGCCACAAGCUGCUGCCAAAGAACUGGAAGAAGUGAUGAAGAGAGUAAGGGAAGCCCAGUCUUUCAUAUCUGCUGCUAUUGAGCCAGAGUCUGGAAAGAGCAGUGAAAGAAAAGGCGGUCGAUCUCGUUCCAAUUCUCGUUCAGAAUCCAGGUCUAGCUCAAAAUCCCGAUCUAGAAGGAAAAGAUCACAUUCAAAACACAGAAGUAGAUCUGGUAACAGAUCAAUCUCAAGACACAAGGACAGAUGCAAAUCCAGAAGUCCCCUGAAAAAAUGGUCUAGAUCUAGGGAAAGGCAGAAAUCAAGUAGUCGCUCUCGUUCUCGGGAAAAUAAGAGAGACAAAGAAAAGGUCAAGGAAAAAGAAAAGACCAAAGAAAAGGAGAAAGAGAGAGAUGGAGAGCGAAACAAAGAUCAAGAGAGUGUUGGAGACAAGUAUAAGGAUAAAGAUAGGGACAGGGACAAGGAAAGGGAAAAGGAGAAAGAUAAGGAGAAGGAAAAAGACAGGGAAGAAGUACACCAGAACAAGGAAAAAGAAGAUAUUGAUGAAGGGGGGGUAAAAGACAGAGAGAAGGUGAAGGACAAGGAGAGAGAUAAGGACAAAGAGAAAGAUAGAGACAAAAAAAAGGAAAAAGAUGGGGAUAAGUUGAAGGAGCAACAAAGAGGAAGAGAUGAUAAAAGAAAGAAAGAGAAGCGAUCCAGAACACCCCCAAGAAGCUAUAGCUCUUCAAGAAGAUCUCGCAGCUCUAGCAGGUUUGUUUAGACUUUUCUCAUGCUUUUUUGGACUUGUCAGUACAGUGAGGCAAUGUGAAAUGCACACAUUCUAAUGUUUGUGUAUCAAUAUCAUCUCACUAAUUCAGUUUGUAUUCUUGCUCUUUGUAGAUUUUAGUAUAAAGUAAAAUCUAUUACAAAGAGCUCUGUAUGUUACCUGACAGAACAUAGUUUACUGUUGGUCUGCUGGUGCUUGCCUUACACUUAACUGUGUAGUAUAGUCCUUAAAUAUGGUAAGUAGAUGGUUCUUGUGCUGUUUCUCUGUGUUGGAGCCAUCCAGAAGUUUUGAUAGAAGGUCAUCUCGUGUUAUCUUUGUCCUGAUUAAAGUUAAUCAUCAUUACAUUGUUCCUUGCUUGCUUACAUACUGUGCAGUGUUGG